AUGGAUAUGACAAGUUCGGGUGGAUUCGUAGCGGAUGCGCUCAGCUCCAGUGGUCCGUCGAUGUGCGCGCCAGCGCCGGCGCCUGCACCGCAGCAAGAAGCCGCUGCACCUGCAGCAACCAACAGCAGCACAAGUAGCAGCAGCCAAGCGAAGAAAUCUAAAAAGGGGUCUCGUGCCCGCACUGGCUACAUGCUAUUCCAUGGUGAAGCCAGAAAACGCAUCCGAGCGGCGCAUCCCGAACUCAAUUUUGUUGAAGUGAGCAAACGCGUUGGUGAAGAGGUGAUUUUUUAUCCUCAUUUAUUAUUUUCGUGA